AUUCUGUACUUAAAGGCCAUAGGCAGACAGAUGUUGACAAGGAAGGCUUUCCUAAAACCAUGUUGAGAGAUUUCUGCUAACUGCACAUAUAAAUAGGAGGAGAGGGCCGGUCACCUCUGUAACCACCGGCAGCAGCAGCAGAAGAAGCCAAAGCUUCAGACGCAGCCAGAGGGGCCUCUGAACAGAGAAGGCGCUGCCGACUCGCGGAGCUGCCUGACCGGGCGACUCCCACAGACUCCGGCCGCGCCGAGGCCCUCUCUCUCUCCUUCCUCUCCUUCUUCGACUUUUCCUCUUUCCUUAUCACUUCUUUCUCCUGGUGGAUUUACGGCCACUUUGCCCCCCACCCCUGCUUAGCUCGUCGCCUCCUCUUUCUUCCUUCUACAUCUCUCUCCUCGCCUUCUCUCGGUGUCACCCUCCUUCCUAGUUCUGUGCAUCUACAAACUUUUGAACAGAAUACUGGCCUCAGCAAACAAGUCCUCCAACUCCUCCUGCUGCUGCUGCUCCUUCCGGCGGCUUCUGCUUAGACACUAACGCCAGACCGUGAUGCUCCUUGAGCUGUGACUCCAGCGCAGAAACUUGGAGAAGCCUUUUGCCGGCCGUCCUACUUGGCAGCAAACCCUCUCCUAGCAGCGAAUGACCAUGUGUAGCGGAGCGAGGCUGGCCCUGCUGGUUUACGGGAUAAUAAUGCACAGCAGCGUUUACUGCUCACCUGCCGCCGCAGGACUCCGGUUCCCUGGGAUCAGGCCGGAGGACGACGCGUACGACGAGGACGGAAGCCCGCUGCAGGACUUCUACGACUCGGACCCGCCGGGCGUGGGGAGCCCCGCCUCCGCGCUGCGCGACGCCUACGCGCUCUACUACCCCGCGGAGGAGAGAGAUGUCGCCCACGAGAUCCUUAACAAGGCCUACCGAAAAGUUCUGGACCAGCUGUCCGCCAGAAAAUACCUGCAGACGCUCAUGGCCAAGGGCGUGGGUGGGAACCUAGGCGGCGGCGCGGACGACGACUCGGAGCCCCUCUCCAAGCGCCACUCGGACGGAAUCUUCACCGACAGUUACAGCCGCUACCGGAAACAAAUGGCUGUUAAGAAAUACUUGGCGGCUGUCCUAGGGAAAAGGUAUAAACAAAGGGUUAAAAACAAAGGACGCCGAAUAGCGUAUUUGUAGCGAUGAGUUACCAGCUACCCUGUGUAUACAGCCCUGACACAAUGAAACGUCAUUUUCCCAACUGACUGAACAGUCAUCGCUCAUGUGUUCUAUCCAAACAUGUAUUUAUGUAUGAAGUAAAGCCAUUAAAUGAAUAUUUUGAUAAUAAUACUGUUUUUCUUUUUACAAAGCACUAGAGAAUGCACAGAUAUACUUUGUGGACCAAUUAUUGAUAUUGAUAUAUAUAUAUAUUACAAAUGUAUAUUAAGAAUAUAUAUAAGUAUAAUAGACAGGAGUUCGUACAAAGUGUGCACAAGGAUUGAAAAUUCGCCUGAGCUGUUUGUUUUUAUAUAAAAUAAAUAGAGAAAUAGACAAUCAUUGUUUUGAAUAGUACUCCUAUUUUUGUAAACUGGAAUUAAAAGGAUAGUAUUUUUAUCCACGACAGGACUGAAGAUAUUAAUACUGACCAUUUGCUACUGUACAUAAACAGUGAUGCCCUGCUCCAGGGAGAUUUUGAGGUAUGAUUUGGGAGAAUGCUGAAGGGCACUCUUUCUUUCCCAGCGAGUCUCUGGGGCAGGCUGCUUCAGUCCCAGCUGAACUCAGCUAGGCACUGUGCCCCUUGCUGGGUGGCAAUUCCAAUACUUAAGCUUUCUUUGAUUCUAUUUUUAUGUGUAUUUGUGUCUCUUCAGACUCAGCCCAGAAGGAAAUUCUCCCGAUAAAACAACAGCUGGAUCCAAAUUGUGCUUCUCCCCAGAAUUCAUACCACUCCCUGGGGGAGGGGUUGGGGGAUUGUACAGAGGAGAGAGAGUUGAAUAGGAAGCUCCCUUUUCUGUACUUCCAGGGAACCCACUAUCCCAAGGUUAGGGCAAUUGAAACAGUGAAGGAAAUGUAGGCAUAUUGGAAGAGGCAGAGCAUAAGGCAGUAGGAGCAGGACCCUGGAAAGGGGCUGGUUUGGGGCUGCCCCAGGUCUGGGAGCUGGGGGUAAGUGGAGUCCCCCACCUUAGGUCCCCUGCCUGCCUGACUUUGGGCGCUGGGUAUUGGAAAUGGAUGCAAAGUACAAUGUGUUUUUCUCCAGUGCUGUCCAUGCUUCUCAUCUUGUGCAAUGGCUGGGAUCCUUCCCUUUGAACCCUGCUCUGUGGGAGCUACCCUUUUAUUUCGUGUUUUUCUGAAGAUGCCUCUUUCCCACCCUCCGCAAUGUUUAAGCACUGUUUACCGUUUUUCAUUCACUUCUCUGAAACCUGUGAAUGCUUCUUACUUUUUUUGUUGUUUGAUGCUAGCACUUAUUGUAAAGUGUAGGAACCCCUGUGUAGUUACCACUAAGUAAUGAUGCAGUAAAUAUGAAUCUUUUGUUUCUUGUUGAUUGAGUUUGUAGAUAAAAUGUAUUUUUCUACAUUAUGGCUUAUUGCUUAGUAAAAUUUAUUUCAUAAAACCAACCUUUGUCAUAUUAGCAUGUGUAGUGUUCACAUGUUGCUCAGUUGUACUGAUAAAUUAUUUAAACC